AUGGCCCCUUCAGUCAAGCAGCGAAAGAUCGCUAUUCUGGGCAGUAGAUCUGUCGGCAAAUCCUCUUUGACCGUCCAAUACUGCGAAGGACAUUUUGUGGAAAGCUACUACCCUACGAUCGAGAACACAUUCAGCCAUGAGAUUGUCUACAAAGGCCAGACAUUUCUUACGGAAAUCAUCGAUACUGCUGGACAGGACGAAUACAGUCUUAUGAAUUCCAAGCUGUAUAUCGGUAUACAUGGCUACCUGAUAGUCUACUCAGUGGCCUCAAGGCAGUCCUUCGACAUGGUGAGGAUUAUCCGGGACAAGCUGUUGAAUCAUCUGGGUGCCGAGUCGGUUCCCAUUAUGAUCGUCGGCAACAAGAGCGAUGUCGACGCCAAAAAGCAACGUAAAGUCACCGCCGAAGAAGGGCAAAAGCUCGGCCAGGAACUCAACUGUGGCUGGAUUGAGACCAGCGCCCGGAAUAACCACAAUGUUGCAAAGGCAUUUGAGAUGAUGAUUGCCGAGAUCGAGAAGUCGCAGGAACCGGACAAGCCUGCGGGAGGAGGGAAGUGUGCAGUCAUGUGA